CUGCUCAGUGUGGAUAUAGCUUAACUGUUGACUUCUUGGGAAAUGCCAAGUUCCUUGCUUCUGUGCUGAGUUGCUUUGCUCAGAACACAAAUGAGACGUACAAAUCGGUGUCUUCUCAAACAGUGCUAUGACUUCAGCUUCCUCCUAUGUUCAGAGCAUGACAUGCCGCUAUUCUCCAUGGGUGGAGAGGGAGAUUCUGUGUGAAAGAAACUACAUGGAGGUUUCUGUGAGAAGAGGUGUGCCACUUAUUGAGCCAAACUUUGUUCAAGAUUAUCCUGAUUGGUCCCUUGCAUACCCUGAGGCAACUGCUGCUGACAACAGCAUCUGGAAAAUUGUGUUCCAUCUCCCAGCAAAUAGAAAGACAACCAUGACUGUUGCUCAGGCCAUGACAAAUGGCUAUGGCAUAAACACUACACCAACUCGAAUUCUGGUUAGAGCUGCAUACAACUCCACAGAAAGCCAGCCUCAGGUGAUCCAAACUGUACCAAUGGCUGUGCUAAGGUCAACCACCUUUUAUAAGCAAAGAUGGAUGGUCAUGAUGGUGGACACUGCAGUUACAUGUCCUACUGAUGGAACAGCCUUCACAGAACAGAUGAUUACAUGGAAUGUUCCCCGUGUUCCACCUCCUCUUGUUCCGACACAACAAAUUACUACCCUUGAUGUUCAAAUGGGAGUUGAUGGUCGCAAGCUUGACCCUGCAACGAUUCAUAAUGGAGAUUAUAAACUGGAUGUCGGUCCCCAGCUAAUCACUGUAAAAAUUCCUGUGGGAGCUGAUGGUGGAUAUUACAAGAGCCAUGUAUUGGACAACACCUAUGUGAUCUCUUACUCUAUUGAACCAAUGCUGGAGCAUACCUGGCAAGAUGGGCCUGAGAAGACCAAGUACACAGUACUUCAUCCAAUAACCACUCCUUUCAUGCCUCGGCCACCAGUUGUCACAAACAACACUGUUCCUAAAGCCAGAGUGUUCAAUGUGACCCUGGGGACAUUCCUGCCUGAUGUGGAGCUGGUCAAAAUUAUAGUUGGAUCAGAGACGUUAACUGUGCCAGAAGCCAACCUAAAAGGUUAUAAUGUCCAGGAGCAUGUCUUUCCCAAUGGAUCCAAGACCUACACUCUCCAGGUGCCAUUUGAGGACCCCAAUGUGAAGCAAAAGGUAACUCCUCCAGACACCAGAACCUACAUUCUGCCCCUGACCUACUUGCUGAAUAUAGUGCCAGAGAAUACACCCUUUACUCAUCCUGCUGUAGUUGAAGCCAUUCUCAAAGACAUCAUUCUACCUACAGUAACUGGCUACUGUGAUGGUGCUGCAUUCUAUACCAUGGUAACAUAUGGCAACAUGGGUCGCAACUGGGUUCCUUUUGUGGGCUCAAGAGAACUUGGUGGAAGUCUGAUUGCCCUGUACAAGUAUAAUGCCAACGCUACCAAUUUCUGGAUGACUGCCAUACAAUUCAGUUGAUGCCACAUA